AUGAGAGGCGCUCUCCCCUCUCUCCUUGCCUGGUCGUGUUGGCUUGGGAAUUGGUUGCUGGAGAUCUUUUCUUCUUUCUUCUUGAUCAGCCUGGUGAAUCAAAAUGCUGGUAAAGCUCAGCGGGGCCAUGAUCUUGAUCGUGGGAAUGGAUCGGAAAACGGAACGCGGUGGAAAAUGGGUAGCGUCCCCAGACUGCAUUGCGAUCCCAAUCAGAUGGGGUGUAACCUGAAACGGGUUCUCAAGAAGCGGAAACAAGUUUUGUCCCGGGAGAUGCAAGAUUUCUCGAUUGAAAAUGAUCCGUCUAUCUCUAUCUCUGUGAAAAAACGCAGAUUGGUUCAAUUUCAUGAAUGGAGAUUUUGUCUCCCGUCAUCGGAUCUGGUAGGCGAAGAACCGCUGUUAUCCAGGACUGAUGAAAUUAAUGUUGAGUCCAGUGAUCUUGGUGAAAGAGCAAACGCUCGGGUUGGCCUAGGUGAUCGGGACUUUGUGGCGGAAGCGGCAUCAAUGCGUGGGCUGGUGAUUAAUCGGCGACGGCGAUGCGCUCCGGUCGUUGCUGCCGGCGGUUCUGCUGAUGCGCCGCCGUGCUUGGCCACGCGGGAUUUGCCCCCCCCCCCCCCCCCCCAGUCUGAGAAUUUGGGGAAGCAGUUGGCGAUAAGUCCGGGAAUGGAUUUCCCUGCUUUUUCGGGGCUGUUUGGGGGAUCUACGCGGAUCACUGCCCAACGAAAAGAUUCGAGUGAGGAUACUCUCCUGGUUGGGAAUUUCACUCCUAUUCGAACUCUUACUAUUCCAAACAUGUACCUGCAACUAGGAUUUUCCGGUGGCAGAGGGCCUUUAUCUUUAUUUAUACUCCGUCCCAAUGGACGCUGGACUGUAUCUACCCAAAAGUCUCGACGUCCAGGGGAAAUUGCUUCAACGGAAACUCUCUCUAUUUUCGCACCCCUUCGGAGCAGCUCAGGUAUGUGGAGGGUCUGGAACCCUCAAUCCAUCCCUGUUUCUUUUCGUGCUACCCCAUUCAAACACACACCUGUUAUACACCCUUGUCCCAAGCCAGCAGUGCAUGGUAAAUUGCUGACGGACGAGGUGUUAGGGUGGAAAAUACCUGGCGCUAAUACGAUUAAUAAAUCUCUUUGCCAGGAUUUGUGCACGAUGGCUCACGUAACAGAGGAUCAGGUCGUCCAUUUUUCCCUGGAAGAGGUGCAAUCGACCCGCUUCCGAGCUGCUCGAUCCCUCCUGGGGCAUCUCUUCACAAAUGAUCAAAUAACCACGGGGGAGUUGCGAGAGGAGCUGCUGGAUGCCUGGAAAAUCCGUGGGCAGCUUAGGGUCAUACGAGCCAAGCAUGGCCUGUUCGAGAUCGUUUUGCCUAAUGAAGAGGCGAAGAAAUGGGCACUGUCUCGGAAUCCAUGGAUCAUUAAAGAUCGGUUGCUCACCCUUUGCCCCUGGUCACCUGUGAUUCCGAAAAAGAACUAUGAGGAGAUGGCAAAGGCCCCGCUUCGGGUCCAGCUUUGGGGAGUCAAAGAGGACUGCUGCACCAAACUAUUUGGGCGGAAAAUGGUGGUUGCUGCGAUCGGCCAAGUUAUUGAUGCUGGGAUCUUUGCGUGCAAGGAGACUGGAGAGCGAUUUAUCAAAGUGAAUACUGUUAUUGACUUCUCCCUGCCGCUCCGAUCGCAGAUUAUGGCAGCAAGCGAGGAAGGAGACAAGUUUUGGGUUAGCUGCAAAUAUGAAUUCCUGCCAAGUUUCUGCUUCCGUUGCGGCCGAAUUGGGCAUGCCCGCCGUGACUGUUCCUUUGAUCCACCUCAGGGUCAAGAGCGAUUCGGCCCUCACAUGGCAACUAAGAAGGUGGGGAGGAAACUCUAUGAGGAGGAAGGCGAUUCCCCUGUUUUUGGAGGGUCGAGGCGGUCGGUUUGGAUCAAUCGCCAGCAACGUAUUCCUAUGGCGAUGGAUAGUGCUGAACCAACAAGGGAGUCUCAAAAUCUUGCCCAGUCAGCGGCGAGAAUGAAACAAACUGCCUCUUCAAAGAUUAUGAUGGCAGAGGUGUCGAUUGAUGAACCGGCGGUGCAACAGAUGCAGAUCUCGGGAAGGCCGACCCAGAAGCCGAGAGGAAGCCCGCGGGGCUUUGUCGUUAACCGCCCCCCCAAAGUCCGUCUGGGACAAAACCGGCCGAGCAAAUCCGGCAGGAAGGUGUCGGGGACUGCUCCGGGUAACCCAAAAAUAGAGAGGAGGACGGUCAUAGCUUCGGCUCAGUCUCGGCCUCGGUCCUCAGCCCAGGUACAAUCGGAGCCGCCCUCGAAUGAGGAGACACCAGCCAUGAUCCAGGAGCACUCUCGACGGCGCCGACUUCUCCUUGAAGAGGAUUCGGACGAUGACAUGGUGGACGUGACUCCGAUGGAUAACCAGGGUAUUUCGGAUCGACCCGUCAAUUGGAAUCAGCUAGGGAGAUGGAGGCCGGCGUGGUUCAGAGGGAUCCGGAAAAGGUGA